GAACCGGUUCAACUGUCAAUAAACAAGGCCUAUACAAUAGCUUUAUAAAUUGAGUGAAAACAACAAAUACAUAAAAUUUAUGGAAGAAGACACAACGUCAGAGAAUAAAAAUAAACAUGUCGACGAAAAAAGCAAACUCCAGUGAAAAAGUUUCAUUAAAAAUGAAUUCGAAAUCAAUUAAAGCCAAAACACAAGAAUUUCUAUCAUUCAGGAAAAAGCUGCAGCCAUUGAACGAUAUAUUAAAGGAGUUUGAAACAUGUAUUCAAAGCGGUGCUGCCAUCACUCCAUUUUUGCUUGCAGUUGAGAAAAUUUUCACAGAAUUGCUCAAAACACGUGAAAUGGUUACCACUUUAAAACCAUCAAAAAUCAAAGAUGGAUAUUCUGAAAUACAGCAUCGUGAAGCACUUCAGAAGCACUAUGAAACGGUUUGGAAACAUAUACUGAAUGGAAUGCAGAAUCCGGAUGAAGCUGAAAGUACGCAAGCGUUAGUGACAGCAGUACAUUUAUUGUCGACAGAGGCGAAAUACCCAAAAAAUCCUGAAUCGAAAUCGAUGUUGUCGCUAAGCAAGCUCAGAAAUAUUACACAACAAAUGCUUUCGUCUGAAAAACUAAAUAAUCAUCUUUUCGCAAGAUUCAAAGAAUACGGUUCAUAUUUGGACAUUGUUUAUAAUUUGUGGAAAAUACUGCCAGACAUAACGAUCAAGGAGAAGUCUCCAAGUGACAUUUAUGUGCAAAACUAUUUGGACUUGAUAAAUGCCAUUCCCAUCAGUGCUGAAGUUCAAGAAAAUAAGCAACUCUUGUGCUGCAGUGAAGAGUCUUUCGAAUUCGACUAUCCAGUUGUUCGAAAAAAUUUGAAUAAAGUAUGGGCUUGCAUUCUUCAGUGGACAAAUGACCUGUCGGAAACUACACAUAAACAAUUGCUCGUUGUGUUACUUGAGAAAAUAUUGUGUCACUUGGACAAGCCAAUUCUAUUGACUGAUUUUCUAAUGGAUUCAUUGGAUGUCGGCGGCCCAGUAAGUUUGCUGGCUUUGCAAGGUGUAUUCACACUAAUUCAACAACAUAAUUUGACGUAUCCAAAAUUGUACGAAAAACUGUACUCAAUGUUUGAGCCCGAAAUUUUCCACACAAAAUACAAAGCCCGUUUGUUUUACUUGGCUGAUAUUUUCCUCAGUUCUAGUCAUUUGCCGGAGAACUUAGUUGCAGCAUUCGCAAAACGCCUGGCACGAUUGGCCUUAGUUGCUCCACCACAAGAUGUUAUCACAAUCAUUUACUUUAUUGGAAAUUUGAUUUUGCGUCAUCCAGGUUUAAAGCGAAUGAUAAGCCAUCCUAUUCGUGAUAAAAUUCCAAGCGAUCCCUAUAUAAUGGACGAACGCGAUCCGGUGCAAUCAAAUGCAAUAGAGAGUUCACUCUGGGAAAUUGCAUCAUUGCAACAAGAUGCUAUACCGUCAAUUGCUCAAGCUGCUAAACUCAUUUCGAAUCCACUACCAAAGUGUGAAUGGAAACUAAGUAAUCAUCUUGAAGUCGAUGAGAAUGAUCUAUUCGAUCAAGAAAUCUUGAAACGAUCCAAAGAAUACGCGCUCAACUUUGAGAGACCCCAAUCGGCAUUAGUACCAAAUGCAACAGAUGCAUUUUCGAAAUGCUGGAAACUAUUUUGAAGUGAUAAUCAAUACUUAAUCUCUAAUUCGUAAUAACUGCGCUAAAUGUCAAAAUUUAAUUGGUAUUCAGCACAGCACGAGUUAUAAUACGAUAAAAUAAUUUCCUAAAAUAAUAAAAACAUCAUUGACACAUUGCAAUGAUUGCAAUGAAAGCCCAUUCUGUAUUUUGUAUAAAAAAAGCAUAAUAAAAAUCAUAGCUGCACCAUGUA